AUGGCUCCUCCUCCAGUUCCAUCCAAUAAACCAAUUCAAGCACCUCCAUAAUUCUAAUAACAACCAGCCCUCUUUGGAUAACCUUAAACCUACCAACCCUAUUCCACGCUGGCCCCUGUCUAAUAUCAGCCCAUCAAUGCUCCUUUGGCUUACAGUGUUGCCAGUCCUGUCUAGCCUGUCGUUCAACAGGUUGUCGCUCCACAACCAUUAUUGGCUCAAUCAUACGUGGCUUAACCAGUCAUCGCCUAACCUGUCCAAUAAUCGGUUCAUCCAAACAUCAAGGGAGAGUCAAGAAUCGAAUACAUUCCUUACUAAAAGGCCAUAACUGAGUACGAAGAAUAAGAAGUAGUGUAAUAUGUUCCAAGAGAGAGAAAAGUGACCGAAUACUAUGCUGUGGAAUAUCAGACUGAAUACGUACCCUAAGUGUUCUAGGAGAAAUAUACAGAAUACGUACCAGUCGAUAGAUACUAAGAAAGAGUUGAAUAUUAUCCAGUUGAAAGAUAAGUUGUUCACUAAUAGGUUGCUUAAUAACCUGUUUAAGUUGUUCAACAACCAGUCUAAGUUGUGCAAUAGCCUGUUUAAGUUUAUCAGCAACCAGUCUAGGCUGUGCCUGUAACUUAUGCCCCACAAUAUGCCUCACCUAUAAUUUCUUCAAGAGUGAUCCCAGCCUAUCAACCCUAAUAUUAGCCCGCCCCUUAAAAGGUAUAACCACAGGCUCCACCAAGAUCAAAUUUAAAUAAUAAUAUAUGAACAUUAUUACAUAAUUUAAAUGCCUAUAAUUUUAUAAGUUGAUUUUG